UUAAUGGGUAUAUUAUUUUUCUCUCAAAGACGAAGGAAGAUCUUCAUGAGUUAGCUGAAGAUCAAAACAUGUUGAUUAAAUAAUUUGAUUAUCAGUGAUCUUCAACCUAUACUUUUCUUAAAUGUAUGAAGAGAAAAUAGAAGAAAAGAAAAGAAGAGAAAAGAAAAGAGAGAGGAAAUAAUACAAGGAAGAAGAAAUUAGAAAAAGAAAAAGAAAGUCGUAGACGGUUUCCUCUGAACCCAGAUUUAGCAAAGGAAGGUGGUGGGAGCCGGAAGAUCGAACGUGAAGAUAAGGUGCAGUGGAGUUGCACUGUAACCAUUGUCAUCUCGAAUACUUUCCCAAUUUCUUUACUUAAAGAUAGACUCUAUAUUUGCGCCUUCUUGAUGUUUCCGCCGCCUGCAUUCUACAUGGAACUCGUUUUCCGCAAAUGGGUAUUUGCAUUUCUCCUCUGUUGUCGGCUUAUUUUCUCAUACUCGGUGGACCUAGUACAAGGGGGUGAAAAAGUUAGAGGAGUGAACCUGGGAGGGUGGCUGGUUGUGGAAGGCUGGAUUAAACCUUCAUUGUUUGAUGGCAUUCCAAAUGGAGACAUGCUCGAUGGAACAGAGGUUCAAUUCAAGUCACUGAUGUUGCAGAAGUAUGUAUCUGCAGAGAAUGGAGGAGGCAUGGGUGUUACAGUAGACAAAGAUGUUCCUUCUUCAUGGGAAACCUUCAGGUUAUGGAGGGUUUCUGAUUCAGAGUUUCAGUUCCGCACUUCUCAAGGGCAGUUUUUAACAUGCAAUGGUGAGGGAGGCUCUGUCUCUGCAAUGGCAGGAUCAUCGUCAAUAAAGGAAACAUUUUAUGUUGAAAGAAAUUAUGACAACAGAGUUCACAUCAAACUGAAGAAUGGGAACUAUCUGCAGGCUACACUAGCUAAUCAGCUCUCAGCAGACUAUCCAGGGAUGCCAGGAUGGGAUGAUAAUGCAGCCACAUUUGAAAUGACAAUUGUAGCAAAUAACAUACAUGGUGAUUACCAGCUUGCAAAUGGGUAUGGACAUGAUAAAGCCAAAGAAGUUCUUAAGAGACAUAGAAACAGCUUUAUCACUAUAGAAGAUUUCAUUUUUCUGUAUAGACAUGGAAUAAAUACUGUGAGGAUUCCUGUUGGUUGGUGGAUUGCUUUUGAUCCUAAUCCACCGGCUCCUUUUAUUGGGGGAACUUUGGAAGCUCUGGAUAAUGCAUUCUCAUGGGCGCAAGCCUAUAAUAUAAGGUGCAUAAUUGACCUGCAUGCGGCUCCUGGCUCCCAGAAUGGGAUGGAACAUAGUGCUAGUAGAGAUGGUUCAUCUGGCUGGCCCACAUCUGCAAGUUACAUUUCACAAACAUUGGAUGUGAUAGAAUUUUUAGCUUCCAGAUAUGGGAAACAUCCUACUCUGCUGGGAAUUGAGCUUUUAAAUGAACCAUCUGCUGCCUCAGUUUCACUGGACCUCUUAGUUUCAUAUUACAAGCAAGGCUAUCAAAUAGUUCGAAAGUAUUCUUCAGAAGCUUAUGUGAUAGUUUGCCAAAGAAUUGGCAUUGCAGAUCCAUCGGAACUUUUUCAGGCUGACAUAGGAUCUUACAACCUGGUAGUAGAUUUACAUUACUACAAUCUCUUCGACAAUUUCUUUGUUAACAUGAACCCAUUGGACAAUAUCCAAUUUAUUUACAACAGCAGGGAAACUCAAUUACAGGCUCUGAACAGAGCAAAUGGUCCACUGGUUUUUAUUGGGGAAUGGGUGAACGAAUGGAAUGUCGCAAAUGCUACUCAGAUGGAUUAUCAAAAUUUUGGAAGAACCCAGUUAGAGGUUUAUAAUACAGCUUCCUUUGGAUGGGCUUAUUGGACACUCAAAAAUGAUAGAAAGCACUGGGAUUUUGAAUGGAACAUACGGAACAAUUAUCUCCAAUUGGGAAGUUCACCAAACAGGCAAGUGUCUAACAGUGCAGUGUUACUUGGAUUAGUGUGUGGCUAUCUCUAUCUGCAUCACAUGGUAUGAAAUAUCCAACCAAAGUUGCGUACUGGUCUAGAGUUAAAGAGGGAGAUACAAAUGUGGCUCAUCCAUGUCCUUUCUAUGUUGUUGUUCAACCAUCACACCCAAAUAUUCCACAAAUUUGCAAGUGAUACAAGUAAUGUUGUUAGAGCAGAAAGGAUAGAGGAAAAUUGUGAAUGAUCUAAGAUAGCAUUCAGAGAAUUUAGGCUGUGUUACAUUUACUCUAAAUAAUAUGCACAGGAAAAAAAUUGCUCCUGUUUUUGAA